UUUUUUUUGGAGGUUUAUAGUUUCUCACAAGUGAGACAUGUUAUUUAUUAUUAUUUUAUUUUUUCCCCCGACCAAAUCACAAGUGAGACAUGUACCAACCAGACAAAAGCGACCACACGGCUUUUUCUUCAUCAUCACAUUCACACCAUCACCACCAACAACAACAACUCCACUAAAAAAUUCAUAGCUCUACAAGAGUCACCUCAUAGAGAAGUGAAGAGACAGAGAUAGUUGUGACAGAGAGAUUCAUGGCGGAAGCUUGCGGAGUGAGAAGGAUGAAGCUGGGAAGCCAAGGCCUUGAGGUAUCUGCGCAAGGCCUUGGUUGCAUGGGCCUCUCCGCUUUCUACGGUGCUCCCAAGCCGGAAAAUGAAGCCAUCGCUCUCAUCCACCACGCUAUUCACUCCGGCGUUACUCUCCUUGACACCUCCGAUAUCUACGGCCCUGAGACCAAUGAAGUUCUCCUCGGAAAGGCUCUCAAGGAUGGGGUGAGAGAAAAAGUGGAACUUGCGACCAAAUUUGGAAUCAGUUAUGCAGAGGGGAAAAGAGAGGUCAGAGGAGAUCCUGAAUAUGUAAGGGCUGCUUGUGAGGCAAGUUUAAAGAGGCUAGAUAUUGCCUGCAUCGAUCUCUAUUAUCAGCAUCGUGUCGAUACUCGUGUCCCUAUCGAAAUCACUAUGGGAGAACUGAAGAAGCUGGUUGAAGAGGGUAAAAUAAAGUACAUUGGUUUGUCUGAAGCCUCUGCCUCAACUAUCAGAAGAGCACAUGCUGUUCACCCAAUUACUGCCGUGCAGAUAGAAUGGUCCUUGUGGACGAGAGAUGUGGAAGAAGAAAUCAUUCCGACCUGCAGGGAACUUGGGAUUGGGAUUGUUGCUUACAGUCCUCUAGGACGAGGUUUCUUCGCAUCUGGACCCAAGCUUGUUGAGAACCUAGAAAAGGAUGACUUCAGAAAGGCUCUACCAAGAUUCCAAGAGGAAAACUUAGACCACAACAAGAUUGUUUAUGAAAAAGUUUGUGCAAUAUCGGAGAAGAAAGGGUGCACUCCUGGACAACUAGCCCUGGCAUGGGUUCAUCACCAGGGAGAUGACGUUUGCCCUAUCCCAGGAACCACUAAGAUCGAGAACCUCAAACAGAACAUUGGAGCUUUGUCAGUGAAACUCACUCCUGAAGAGAUGACUGAGCUUGAGGCCAUUGCCCAACCAGGUUUUGUGAAAGGAGAUAGAUACAGUAACAUGAUACCAACUUUCAAGAACGCUGAGACACCACCAUUGUCUGCUUGGAAAGCCGCUUAAAACCGGCUGAAGUUUCUACGGUUGUGGUGGUGCAUCAUGACAUUGAAGUGGUCUUAACUUUCUGUCAGCUAGAUCAGUGUGUUGGGGAAUAAUGGUGCGUCUUCGAGAGUAGAGUAUCAUUCCCACGGAAACCCAAGUAUCAUGGUUAAUGCCUUGAAGAAUAAAUAAUGUAGAGUUCCCCAAGUGAAAACUUCAAUUUUACAUUUCCAUACAUUGUAACCAAACUCUAUAAAUAAAGUGUUGUGAUACAUACCUUACCAAAAAAGGCUAUCUAUAUUGUAAAAUUCAUCUUCUACUCAAUAACUUGUGCUUCUCUUACCAAUUCAGAGUCUCAAUGGUGAUAACCAGCUUGUCCUCUAUAAACUUCUACUCAAU